GAAAUAUCUUUAGAAGAAAAACUACACACAAAGCAGUUUGACGAGACAAUAAGGAUCAGGAGACUGGAGAUGCUUGGAUUGUAUAAGAAGCUGACAUUCGUGGUAGCAGCGGCUCUGGCUGUCUUAGCCGUGGUGAGGACGUCCCCGGUGGUGGGGCCCGAGCCCAUCCGCUGUGCCCCCUGUACGCAGCAGAAGCUCAACGAGUGUCCUGCCGUCCCAGCAGACUGCAAGCAGGUGAUGAGGGAGCCUGGCUGUGGCUGCUGCAUGGCCUGUGCUCUGGAGAAAGGGGCUUCCUGUGGGGUUCACACGGCCCACUGUGGUGAGGGUCUCCGCUGCACUCCGAGGCCCGGAGAGGCCAGACCACUCCACGCUCUGACCAGGGGACAGGGAGUCUGCACUGAGGACCUGGGCCAAGAGGAAGCUGAUGGAGUCCCUGACCAUGGCUCCCUGCACUACCUUCUGGGGCUUAAUCUUCCUUCGGACCACCAAGAUGCUUCUGAGGCCCACGAGAGUAUUAAGGCCAAGGUCAAUGCCAUCCGCAACAAACUGGUACAACAGGGUCCCUGUCACAUUGAACUGCACGGAGCGUUGGACAUGAUAGCCAACUCUCAGCAGAAAUUAGGAGAGAAGUUCACAACUUUCUACCUCCCCAACUGUGAUAAGCACGGCUUCUACAAGGCCAAACAGUGUGAGUCAUCUCUGGUUGGACCGCCUGCCCGCUGCUGGUGUGUCUCUUCAUGGAAUGGGAAGAAGCUCCCAGGAUCGGGUGACCUGCUCGGUGACUCAGAGUGUCAUCAAGAAGUCACCCACUGAACGAUGAACUCUGCUGUCACUCAUAAACACACUUUCACACCCAAACAACCAAUGGGUGUUUUGUAACUUAUCAGGUGAAUGUAUAGAUCUAUUCUCCUGAUGAACUGACUUGCAUUUGCAAAAAACACUGCAAGUCAAAUCUUAUUUCAGAGAGGGAAAUUUCCUCUCAUUUUAUUUACAUGAUGUAUGUAUCACAAACUUAUUUAUUCACCACUUGUAUAUUCUUACUGGCAUUAACCAUUUGUCAUAUUUAGAUGUUUUAUAUGUUUGCCUUUUUUUCCAAUUGUAAAUAGGGCAACACUGUAUACAUUUGUGUUUCGGGCUAAAUAACUCCAUUGCUCAAAACCACAGGUCCACAACUCUGCCAAGCCCAUUUCAGAGUUUUCGUUUUCUUUUUUAAAUAAUUCAUUCAGAACUAGAGCUGUGCACGGUACGCAACAACACAGCCGCUCAUUCAUCCAACCUGUUGACAUUGUCUCAAUGUAUCUCCUUUGGCGUUUCCUCAAUGGGUAUUGGGGGAAAUACUUAAACGGCCACAAAUAUGCAAACAGUGGCUGAGCACAAACAUAUCAGGGCUCAUCCAAGCCACUGUGAGGUUUGGGAUGGGUUGUUCGGCAUCUGUCUACCUCUGCUAAGUCUCUGCAGGUCCACAGGUUGAGCGGAGGAUUUCUGAGGGCUUAUCUCAGCUACACUUCUCACACAUUAUCUCUCAUUUUUCCUUUGUUGACCUAUUCUUGCGUCUGUUCUAAUAUUUAUUAUAUUUUACUCAUGUUUAUGCUUGUGUUUGCUGGAAUGUUUUGUGCGUGCCAUUUGCCUGGAGUGCUGCCGUUCCUUUAUUGGUUUUAUUAAACAAGUGUAUAUAUUCCAA